AUGAUCGGAUCAACGCUCCUCCUACCUCUCCUUGCCGCCCUGGCUUCCGUCGCCGGCGCGGUGCCAGUACACGAGCGCCGCUCGGUACGCCCGACGUGCGGAAAGCCGGGGACGGUGGUGUCCACCACCCAAGUCACGAUACCCACCUCCUCCCAGGCGGCGGGGACGACGGCUGUGCCAACGAGUCCGCCCGCGGUGUCGCUUCCUUCGCCCUCGGGGCCGGCCAUCACCGUCUCCUCCUCCUUUCUCACUUCUUCUCGUCCUGCAUCCCCGACUUCGGCGGGGGUACCCGUCGUUUCCUCGUCGGUGAGAACAUCGGCGGCGGGUUCUUCAGCUGCUGCUGCUCCGUCCUCCCUAUCGACAAAUCCCAAGUUGUCCCAUGCUAACUCUUGCUUCAGGGGCGUCUAUGGGGCGAACUACCAACCGGCAGACAUCCCCGCAGACAAGGUGACGCACCUACUCUACUCCUUUGCGGAUAUCCAGUCAGAUGGAACGGUCGUCUCGUCAGACCCUUACUCGGACACGCAGCGCAAGUACUCUGGCGACGACAACCAAGAUGGCAACGCCUACGGCUGCGUCAAGCAGCUCUACGCCCUCAAGAAGCAGAACCGCCAGCUCAAGCUCGUCCUGUCCAUCGGCGGAUGGACCUGGUCCAGCAAGUUCCCCGCCGUCGCCGCCUCGGACACGGCUCGUAAGCAAUUUGCUUCCUCCGCGAUCAAACUCAUGAUCGACUGGGGCUUUGACGGUCUCGAUAUCGACUGGGAAUACCCCGCCAGCGACACGGAAGCAACCAACUUUGUCGCCCUUCUCAAGGAAGUCCGGUCCCAACUCGACGCUUACGCCGCGGCCAACGCAAACGGGUACCACUUUGCCCUCACAAUCGCCUGCCCCGCGGGUCCCUCGCACUACCAGCAGAUGAACCUCCGCGGCAUGGACCCCUACGUCGACGCAUGGCACCUCAUGGCCUACGACUACGCCGGCUCCUGGGACACCACCACCGGCCACCAGGCCAACCUCUACCAGAACCCGACCAACCCCACGGCGACCAAGUUCGACACCCAGACCGCGCUGACGUACUACCUCUCCCAAGGCAUCGCCUCCAACAAAAUCGUCCUCGGUCUGCCGCUGUACGGCCGCUCUUUUGAGAACACGGCCAACGGCAUCGGAUUGCCCUACUCCGGCGUCGGCACGGGCUCCAUCGAGCCGGGCGUGUGGCACUACAAGGUUCUCCCCAAGGCCGGCGCCGUCGAGAUAUACGACUCGACGGCGGGUGCGCUGUACAGCUAUGAUAGUUCGACCAAGGAGCUCAUCAGCUACGACAACCCCGCAAGCGCGGGCGUCAAGGCCCAGUACCUGCUCGACAAUAAACUCGGCGGUGCCGUCUUCUGGGAAGCCGCUGGUGACCGCAAGGGCGAGGGGAGCCUGGUGGGUGUGUUGGCGAGCAAGAUGGGCAAGCUGGAUUCAAACCAGAAUUUGUUGAGCUACCCCAACAGUCAGUAUGCCAACAUUAAGAGCAACCUGGCGUAG